GGUGAGGAUUUAGGAGGAUCCGAUCCACAUAGUGAUUGAAUGAAAUGUGAGGUGACUGACUUCUACUACUGUUACUGCUCUGUUGCCCCUUGCUUGGCGGUGCUGACAUCGUGUUUCAUUUCUACUGUGUGAGAGUAUUUCUAUCUCUUAAAUCUAAUGGCAUCAAUUUGGCUUUUUCAAUUCCCUGGCCAGCCUUCAAUUUGGGGGUGGAAGCAUCAAGUUUCUUUAAAUGGAACAUCGUUGCUACUACAUCAUAGGCAUAGCCUAAGCCAACGGCUCAACUGGAUUCACCUACUACCUAAUAGGACGUUUUCGCCGAGAGCCAUUGAUAAUUCAGCGAGCUCCGAGGAGGACCAUCGUGCCCAGAACAAGGUUGUUGAUACAGCGAAACAUACUCUGGCGGUGGAUUCCAAACACCCACUUGCCUUAUUUCAGGAAUCCAUUACAUCCUUCCCUCCUGUUGUUUUCCUGAUGAAAAACCGCCCUAAAAACAACCUUACACUGGGAUUGUUCGUUGCAAUUGCAAUUAUGGUUAUUGCUCUGAGAGCAUACGCAGAGAGGAAGUCAAGGAAGAGCCAGCCUGGUUCUGUAGCUGAUCUUGUAAGGCGUGGCCAGCUAAGAUCAGAUAGAAGAGGCAUAUCGCGACCUCUCAAGUAUGAUGAUCCAUUUAACAAUCCAUUGGUGAAGGUUGGGAAGAGCAAUUCAACCGUAGAGAUGUGUGGAAAGCUUUAUCGCUUAGCUCCAGUUACACUUACUAAAGAACAGCAAGCUAUCCAUCAGAAAAGGAGGUCGAGAGCAUACCAGUGGAAGAGACCAACAAUUUUCCUUAAAGAGGGGGAUUCAAUUCCUCCUGAUGUUGACCCUGACACAAUCAGAUGGAUUCCUGCAAAUCAUCCUUUUGCGACCACUGCUAAUGACAUUGAUGAAGACUUGGCACAAAAUAAUGUGUACCAGAAACAUGGUGUUCCAUUCCGUAUUCAAGCUGAGCAUGAUGCGCUCCAGAGAAAACUUGAAGCAAUGCAAAAGGAGGAGAAGUUGAACAAUUUGUUUAUCGACAGUAGAAAUGCUAAAGAUUUCCAGAGACCAUUCAAAUUAAAUGACAGGUCAGAUGAACCUGUUGAGCAGGGCCCCAAUAACAAUCCCAGAGUUGAAACUAAGCCCACAAAACCAGAGCGUGCCUCCGAUUCAAUUGAAAGCAACUUGUCUUCAGGGGAAAUGCAGCAACCCUGAAAUAUUUGCUGGACUUAGUGUCAAUUUAUUGAAUGCUAGUAUUAUUUGCCAAUGAACUCCUGAUUUUGUAGUAUAUUAAAGAUAAUGUCCUUGUGAAUUAGCACUAGGUUGCCCAAACUGAGCUGCAGUUGUAAAAGGGAGAGCAAAGUUGUACAUAUAAUGGAGUAUUAGAUUUGAUCCUUAUUAUAAAAAGCAGUUUGUUCCAUGUUGAGGGA